GAUCGAAAGGAAACUGUUGUGUACGGACAUGUUAGAUGCCAUCCAAUCCGUAGAUAAUCUGACAACUAUACCCACCGUCAAACUAAAAUCCUUGAAAAGGCCUAAUGGCGAGCACACAUCUACGCUUGUGUGCAGUGCCUACAACUUUUAUCCAAAACAAAUCAGAAUGAGGUGGAUGAGGAACGGCAAGGAGGUGACCACAGAUGUCAAUUACUCUGACGUGAUGCCUAAUGGUGACUGGUGCUACCAGACUCAUUCUCACCUGAAGUACAUCCCAACUUCAGCAGAAAAAAUUGCCUGCAUGGUCGAACACCUUGGUCUCUCCGAGCCGAUGUUUGUGGUCUGGGACCCCUCCCUCCCAGUGGAACAACAAACUCAGAUAGCUGUUGGACUGUGUGGACUGGUGAUUGGAUUUGUUAUUGCAAUAUCUGGAAUCAUCUACUGCAUCACUGUGCGUCAAAGACAAGUGUUCAUUCCUGUGGAAUCGCCUCCUGAAGCUGGAGCAACUUAACAGCCUGAGCAAACACUAUUAAUACGGGCACGCUCCAUCCAAGGUGCCCCAAAUAUCACAGCUCUCUGAAUAAUGAUGUCUGUUGUGGGUGUUUGGGGCUUUGCAUCUUUUACCCUACAGGACAGAGGAUACAUUUGUAAUGUAGUUAAUACUCUUAUACAGUAUAGUAAUAUAUUUUAUAGAAAAAUGAUUACACUGUAUCUACUGGCAUUAACCCCCAUUAAGCAGUAAACCCUGUGAGUUAACCAGUGGUGAAAGUGGAAAAGUAGAAAAACCCUGGCACAAUAUGAUGGUUCAAAAGCUACCCACAGUGUGCACACCCACAUGGUACCUUCCUAGCAAUUAAGUAAGAGACUGAUUAUUUCAAACUAUAUAGAACCAACUAACAUUUUGUUUAUUAAUCUGAAUACCCUUAAAAUUUUAUGAUUUAUUUGAAUAUACAGUGGCUCAGAUCAUGUAUAAAGCACAAAAUAACUUGCUUUGCGUCAGCACUCAGAAGCUGUUUAAAGUCAGAGAGAGUCAAUAUGACUCAAGGGGAACAUGUUUCUUUAAAAAAAAAAAAAAGAUAAGGACAAACAUAAAGCAGAGAUGUGUUUCUGUCAGAGGAGUUAACUUGUGGAAUA